UCCUUCUUCUUGUGAGUUCCUGCUAUUAAGCUCAGGUGAUCGUUAUUCUGAAGUGGAGAUGCGGCUCUUCUUUGCGAGUGAGCUCCUGCUAUUAAGCCCCGUUAGCUUGUGUUGUCUUGGCGUUAGUCCCAUCUUGGUCCUUCGUUUUUGCUGCCAUUUGAAUCAGCUUCCUAUGUGUUCGCAAUCGGUUAGCACCCUCCUAGUGUUCUUGUAUGUGUUAGCCUUGGUCGAACCUCUUCUCCGGGAAUACAGUCUUUAUCGCUAAUUCUCUAGGUGGAUGCUUACAAGUUGAAGUUUGGAGAAUUACUGAUUAUCGUUUGUUUCCAUGUUUUUAUCUUUUUUUGCCGUGGAAUCAAUUAUCCUAGGUUCUACAAUUUGUUAACAACAGUCUGUAAAACCUCUUGUUCAUUUUUCGAAAUGAUAUUUACAUUUUUAGCAAAAAAAAAUAUGGUUAACUAUCAGCAAAUAUAAAUGCGAGAAUAUCUUGAGUAAUCCAUAUUGAUUAUUAUAUGCUUAAUUACGGACAAAAAUAUAUGAUAUAAAUGCGGAUUUUUUAAAGUAAUCCACAUUAACUGAAUUAUAAGAGAGAUGCAAUAUUUUAAUUUUGGAGUAAAUUAUAAGAGCGUUGUAAAAUUGUGAAAUUUCAUGCAAGAAGAUUAACUAAAACAAACGAAAUCGGUCGAAAACAAAACAGUUCUUAUUUGUUUUCACUUUUAUAUUGAACCAUAAUAUCAAUUGUAUAUAAUAUAGCGAGAAUAUAUUUUGGAGGAUUAAAACAAAAGAUUGGGAGGAUAUAAGAUUUAUGAGAAUAUAUCGCAUAUGACAGAAUUUGAAGAAUUUUUAGAUGAAUAACUAAAUUACAAUGAUACAAAAAGUAAUAUAACAUACAAAGUAAGAGCAUUUUCAAAAUAGCAGUCAUGUUUUAAUAGUGUCGAUGAUCAUAAAAGGAAAAUUGACUUUCUAAAAGGUUUGAGAAGUUAUGAGAAAAGCAAAGUAGUUGGAAAAAAAACUUAUAUAGUCAAAAUUAAACGGAAAUUAUAUCAACAAAAAGGAAAGUAACAACAAAACCUAAAUAAAUUAGGUUUCAAAGAUCCUCCUAGACUAAGAAAUUGGUAUUGUACCCCUAUAAAUACCCCGCCCGUAUUAAACUCUACAAUUCAUCACUGCAAUCAAACAGAACAAAGCAAAAACCCUAAGAAACUAUAGAUAUCGUUUUUCAUUAUGAGAUCCAGAGGCGACUUGUAUUUCAGGCAUGAGAUCGACCGUAACCCUUCAGCCUCGGAUGCUGGCACAUUCAAAGCAUGCGCAACCAUGGUCACAUGGCACGAGGACAUGGAAGAUUCUGAAACAACAUUCUCGUUUACGUUGUCGGCGGAGGACGUCAUCGAACGGCAAGGACUUGCCAACAAAAUACAAGAACUAGAUGAGCUAUUCAUGGAAGCUGCUUUCCCUCAAGAAGAUAAUUUGCUUUUGUUGACCCAAGAAGCCUAUCAUUGUUUCAUUGAAGUGAUUUCCUCAAGUGAUUAUAGCAGAGAUUGUGCUGUGUCUCUGUGGUUUACUUUUCGUGUUUGGCGUUCUCCUCCUCCUCUUCCUCCUUCAGUUGAUGAAUUUGAGGAUGAUGAUGAUGAUGAUGAUGAGGCGACCAAUAGUAAUAUUCCAAUCAGGGCAGCAAGCAAGCUCGCCAUCAAGUCCUUAACCAAGAAAAUAUACAACAAAUGUGACUCUCUUGCCAUUGACAGUUGCACUAUUUGUUUGGAAGAGUUUAAGAGUGGAGUCAAUGUUGUCGAGUUACCCUGUGGACAUGAAUUUGAUGAUGCAUGUAUCGGACACUGGUUCGAGACCAAUCACAUUUGUCCAUUGUGUCGUUUCGAGUUGCCUCGUGAGCAUCAUUGAAGAUAUUGAAAAUUAGGUUAUUCAAUUUUCAUAAAGUAUGUUGACAAAAAUAAAACACUGUUACAUGUUUU